AUGCGCCCACUUACAGAAGACGAGACAAAGGCAGUGUUCGAGAAGCUCGCCAACUAUGUCGGCAAGAACCUCGUCCACCUCAUCGACCGCGACGAGGACGACCAGUACUGCUUCCGUCUCCACAAGGACCGUGUGUACUACCUUCCCCUUCCCAUGCUCGCGCAGGCGACGUCCAUCGCGCGCCCCAACCUCAUCUCGCUCGGGACGUGUAUGGGCAAGUUCUCCAAGUCGGGGAAAUUCAAGCUCGGUGUGACAUGCCUCGACUGGUUGGCAAAGUACGCCAAGUACAAGGUCUGGAUCAAGCCCGCUGGCGAGCUGCCUUUCCUGUACGGCAACCACGUUGUCAAGGCGCACCUGGGCCGUAUCACCGAGGACACGCCAGAGCACCAGGGUGUUGUGGUGUUCAGCAUGGCCGACAUUCCGCUGGGCUUUGGCGCGACCGCCCGCUCGACCGCCGCGACAAAGGACCUGGACCCAAGCGGCAUUGUUGUGUUCCACCAGGCUGACGUUGGAGAGUACCUGCGCGACGAGGAGACCAUGUUCUAG